AGCUUGCAGGCGAGGAGCCCAGCACAUUCAUUCAUUCAUUGACAUUCCUGCGCACUUUUCAAGAGGACGGAAACAAAAUUUGAUAUUUUUGACGAUGGAUUUUUCGGAGGAAGUGCCAACAUUAUGCGAGGAAUCCCACGUCCCGACGGAGCUUAAAAAAGGAAUGUCAAUUUUUAUUGAUAUUUUACGGCGAGCAGAUAAAAACGAUGACGGUAAACUGUCCUUCGACGAGUUCAAGUCGUACUUUUCCGACGGCGUCCUGACGCCGGAUGAGCUCCGGGAGCUCUUCCACGCCAUCGACACGCAUCACACCGACAACGUGGACACGGAUGAACUCUGCGAGUACUUCUCGCAGCAUCUCGGGGAGUACAAGAAUGUUUUGGCUGCGCUGGAAGACCUCAACGUGUCCAUUCUCAAGGCCAUGGAUAAAACAAAAAAGGAUUAUCAAGAGUCCACCCACCUGGAACAGUUCGUGACCCGCUUCCUGCUGAAAGAGACGACCAAUCAGCUGCAGUCGCUGCAGAGCUCCUUGGAGUGCGCCAUGGAGACCACCGCCGAGCAGACGCGACGAGAAAAACAAGGUCCAGCCAAACCUGAAGUUCUGUCCAUCCAGUGGUCGGGCCGCCGCUCCAAUCGAAGACUCCAGAGGAACAACAGCCUGUCCCCCAGCAACCCCAUCUUAAGUCUCGUCAACUCAGGAGCUUACGAGGAGGAGAACCACUGGACGGUUCAAGUCAACAGACUGCAGAAGCUCAUCGACCGCCUGGAACAGAAGGAGAUCCGUCUGGAGCCUCUGGAAGACGAGGUCCCUGAGAGCAAGCUGCACGUCCUGAUCGUGCAGAGGCAGCUGUCCGUGCUGGAGGACGAGUUGGAGGAGUUUCGAGUGGCGCUCAGACACUACGUGGACUCGGCGCUCACGCAGACCGGAUGUCUACACGUGUGUGUCCAGCGUGUGUCAAACGCGUGCGGUUUCGUCAUCUAUGAGUUUUGGGAGCACAACAACGUGUGGAAGAAUCACCUGCAGAGCAACUCCAGCAAAACCUUCCAAAGAGCCAACGUGGACUUCCUGGAAACGCCCGAGAAUGUCAGCACCAUGCUCAUACCUGCUUCAUGGUGGGUCCUCAACAAUAACUGAGAGCAGCGCGCCACUCACAUUUGGCUCACUUAUGACGUCAUAGCAAUUAAUUUCAUUCCUUCCGUGUUUCUUUACCUAAGAAUUGGUAGCUCAACUCAAGCCAGUGCGUGCGUGCGUGACACCCUAAAAAAAGCAUCAAUGACCUCGUGACGUUCUGCUUUGCUGACGUCAUUGCCGUUCGGCGUGAGCUCAUUGCAUAUUGUGCUCGAGUUGUAAGAUUGUAGCAGCACAUUUUACGUGAUCAAAUAGAGUAUUAAAAAACACGGUUGCGUUUUUUGUGUAUUUAAUUCAUGUUGAUCGAGAUCAAAACGUAUGAUAAUAAAGAAUUUAUUGUUGUCUAGCUGUUUCCUUUAUUUUCAAAGCGUAUUUUUCCAUAAGGUUGUGUUUGUCGCCAUCUGGUGAUAAAAGUUGGUACUGCAUUUUCAAAAACGCAGAUCAUUAAACAGAAA